AUGUCGAUGAAACAACAUGAAAUCAUCCUAGGAAAAGAUGGAGCCUGGAUGUUGGAGCAUAUCAUGAACAUCUACAAGACACAAGUGGAGCACAAAAUCAAGAACGUCAGUACGAGGCAGAUGAUCAAAGGAUUGGUUGGAGUUGCCUGCCUGCAGUUCAUCGAAGAAGUCGACUACGGUUGUCAAGGAUGCCUAAACAAGCUGAAACGGGAGAGGAAUAACGAACCCCCUCCCUGCCUGCAAGACGACGAUGACAUCAACAUCGAGGAGCUGCGCAGAUAUGCGAGGUUGGCAUCGCUGUGUUACGGGAGAGUUCACGAUAUCGUGAUGGGAGACUCCAAGGUCGAUGCCAAGAAACUUCUGCAGAGAAACAAAGAGGAGUGGACGAGCGCGGAGCUGCACGAGCCUUGUUUUAUCCUUUUGUUGGACAAGAAGUUUCGCAACCUUGUCCUGGCAAUCAGAGGAACUCGCGACGUCUCCGACGUGCUUGCCGACCUUCGCUGCUCCUCCGCCCCCGUUCGUCUCCUCGGCCUCGAGAACGCGCUUGUGCACCAGGGUAUGUGGGAAAGCGCCGUGAAUAUGGACGCAAAGCUGCGCGAGACUGUUGAGGAGAAGUUGAGGACGGAUGCGAGAGGCUUUGGGCUAAGGCUUGUCGGUCACAGCAUGGGAGGAGGAGUAGCGUCGCUCCUGACGGCGCGAUGGCAGCAGCUCUUCCCUCAGAUCCGCUGCUUCGCCUUCGCUGCCCCCUGCUCGGUCUCAGAGCAGCUGAGCGAGAGAGUUCGUGGGUCCAUCACAUCCAUCCUCCUCCGAGACGACGUCAUCUGCCGCCUCUCCCUCGGCAGCGUCUGCGACGUGUGCGAUGCUGCUUGUCUCCUGGCAGAGGAGGAGGAGGCGGUCGAGAGGAUCGUAAGGAUGUGCAUGCGUCGCAUGAAGAGUCUGCUACCGCUAGAGGUAGGAGGAGGAGGAGGAGGAGGAGGAGGAGGAGGAGGAGGAGGAGGAGGCGAAAAGGACAGAGCGGAGGGAGAGGUGGACGAGAUGUGGAGGAAGAGCUACCUGAAGGCAAUAGAAGCGAGCAUGGUCAACGACAAGCUCUAUCCAGCAGGAAGGCUGCUGUGGUUCCUGGACGAGGAAGGAAGAUGGGUGAAGGAGGAGGUGCCGCUGACGAUGGGGAGGAUUGUGUUUGCUGCAGACAUGCUGUCUAGCCACCUGAUGAGGAGCUACGAGAGAGCGAUGAGGAGAGGAGAGGGAGCUGGGAAGGAGCAAGGAGACAAGGGUCGCUGA